AUGUGUUCCCCGAAUUUGUGUCGACCCGCUGCAGCCGCCGUGACGGCGUUGCAAGCGUCUCCGGAUCACCUCUGGAUUGGUACACAAUCUGGCGUCGUAGUUCUGAUUCCAUUCACGUCCGCCCCAGACCCCACAGCUCCUCCCCUGUCUGGUAGUUUUCCGGUGGACGCGUCCACUCCCAUCCGCAGUACUGCACCGAGUGCCCUGAUGUCUUCAACACCGGAUCCGGUUAUCCCUUCUGCCAUUGUUAAUCUUUCGGAGGCUUCGGUGAGUGUAUAUGGCCAUGCGGAGGCCGUAAACUUCCUCACUAUGGUCUCUGCAGCUGUUCCCGGAUUGGAGGCUCAAGACGGCAAAGUCGCACGGGAACAACAACGUCUGAUCCGGCGGAGUGCCAUCGAUUCCUCCGAGGAGCUCAUAAUGUUUGCUGGUGGUGUUGGCUUUGUAACCCAUCACGUACCCUCCCAAUCAAAUUGCAAGACCUCCUCUGCUGCAGCUGGCAGCAGUAAAGGUACGCAGCGCAACGAGGCGACGACGCCGCCGCCAAAGGCCACCUCCGACUCGGUUGGACAUCUGGUAGCCUGGUCUAUCCCCCCUCGCGACCAGCAUCAAAUGGCCCCUGGUACCUCCACCCAAAGUAGCCGAUAG